AGCUGAUAAAUAAACAGAGCGCGGCAACGUGCCGCGGUUAAAGAGCGAAAGGCUCGUCUUUCCGUCUUCUCCUCCUCCUCCUCCUUGCGGUUGUUGUUACCUGGGCAGGUGGCGAUCAUGGCGGACGGAGAGCUUCUCGGGCCGCUACCGCGCAGGCUCCGGGCCAUGCUGUACUUGCUCACGCCGAACGAGUCGACCUUCGAGCGGCUGGAAGACGUCCCCGCGUACGUCCAUCAGGCCAACCCUUUGUUCCUGGGCCUGGUGGUUCUGGAGAUGCUGCUGGGCUCGCUGAUGUCGGAAGAGAAACUUUACAACGUCGCCGACGCCGUCGUCUCCGUGUCCUUAGGGAUGAUCUCGCGACUUCCGCUGCUGCUGACGCGAGGUCUGGAGCUGUCGGCCUACGUGUACGUGUGGGAGAACUUCCGGCUUCUGGAGCUCCCCUGGGACUCGGCCUGGACCUGGUGGCUCUCCUUCCUGGCCGUGGAUUUUUGCUACUACUGGUUCCACCGUUUCGCUCACGAGGUGGCCAUCCUGUGGGCGGCCCACCAGGUCCACCACAGUUCCGAGUACUACAACUUCAGCACGGCCCUGCGGCAGCCGCUCACCCAACAGCUGACGUCGUGGAUAUUUUACGUGCCCAUGGCCUUGGCCGUGCCACCGUCUGCCUUCGCUGUCCACAUCCAACUCAAUCUCCUCUUCCAAUUCUGGCUGCACACAGAGGUAAUCCGAGACCUGGGACCUCUAGAAUGGAUCUUCAAUACUCCCAAGCAUCACAGAGUUCACCACGGAAGGAACGAAUACUGCCUUGACAAGAACUACGGAGGGAUUCUGAUCAUAUGGGAUCGAUUGUUUGGUACAUUCUCUGGAGAAAAGGAGAAGGUGGUGUACGGCUUGGUCUUUCCCGGCAACUCCUUUGAAAUCAUGUCAAGUCAGUUCCACUACUAUUUGUCCUUGUGGAGGAGAUCAACCACCUACUCGAGCCUCGGCGACAAAGUGUCCACUUUUGUCAACGGUCCCAGCUGGAUCCCCGGAACUCCCCGGCUGGGCAACCACGAUCACGUUCCCGAGGUGACUGGUAAGGAGAAGCCUCACGAUCCCAGCUGCUCGCUGCCUUUACAAGUUUACGUGGUGACACAUUUCCUGCUGGUGCUGUGCACGUAUCACGAGCUCUUCGAGAACCAGGCGACGCUGACCCAGUUGACCUUGCUGGGGAUGACCGGCUACGUCUUACUCACGCUCACCUCUCUGGGCUUCAUCAUCGACUCCAGGCCGGCGGCGUCUAUUUUGGAGUUGCUCCGCUGCAUGGUCAUGGUGGUGUUGCUGCGGUACAACCACCUCAGGCCCCCCAACUCUUCUCUGACUGUGCCCACCCAGGCCUUGGUGUCCCUCAGUGUGCUGUAUUGGGCCCUGCAGAGUUUCUCGCAGCUGUUCUCCGUCAAGACGAAGUCACACUGAGACCGGGACCGCGAGCCGAGGCGGGUCCAGCUGAGGUCACCUUGCCGACGUGCCGAUCGACUUUUCAUUUUUUUGCUUUUAAGCUGAACGUGCAACACACACUCACACACACAAACCACUCCUAUGCUGUGAAUUUGAAUGUGAAAAGCUUUGAUUGUCAUUUUUUGUGUGUGCGUGCUAAAAAUAUGACAAUGACUGAUGAACUAAUACCACUGUACUGUACGUGACCUUGAAAUGUGAAUGUUGCACAGCAGAUGGCGCUGUUUCCUUCCUCACCAACUGUUGCCGCAAG